AUGUUAAUUUUUAUUUUAUCUGAGUUAAUUAUCCUGCCGCCCACUUGUAGUAACAAUGAAGCAAAUGUUCCAAUUAAUCUUUUUAGUUUCUUUUUUUUAAUUGGAAUAUUUAUAUUCUCCAACCAGGUAUAUUUACGUCCGGAUGGCUUGAUAGGUCCCGUUGUUAAGGGCUAUCUUCUUCUUCAACCAGAUAUUUCUUUGCGCAAUCAGGCUCCGACUUUGUUGUUUCUCCACGGAAACGCUGGAAAUAUUGGUCAUCGAUUGACUUUUUGUCGAAUACUCUUUGAAACUGUCAAGUGCAACAUGUUAAUAAUUGAUUAUCGUGGCUAUGGUAAAAGUACAGGUGAGCCAAGUGAAGCAGGUCUAUACAGAGACGCUCGUGCCGGGCUCAACUUUCUUACCUCACGCAAUGAUCUCGAUCCUUACAAGAUAUUUGCUUUUGGCCGAUCUCUCGGUGGCGCCGUGGCUAUUCAUCUAGCUACAGACGUCGCAACCCGUGGUCGCCUCAAAGGUUUAAUUGUCGAAAACACUUUUACUUCGCUUCCCGAGAUCGCACAAUGUCUGCUUGGUGGGCUUCUUGAUCCUUGCACGCCAUAUCUCCUGCCACGAUGGACUUUCAUCAAUCAGUUUGCUUCACUCGCCAAGGUUAAGCAUGUCGCGGCUAGUGAAUCAGCUCUCCAUUGCCGUGUGCUCCUACUUUCUGGUGCUGUAGACAACUUUGUUCCCCCACAGAUGAUGCGUCGGCUUGCUGAAGCAUUUUCAAAAGUCGUCGACGUAAGCAUAGUGUCUGAUGAACCAUCUGUCUCACUUGCUCCUUCCGCUACAAAUAGUACAGGUGAUACUUCUGAACAGAUUAAAGCGGCCAGUGGUUCAAAUGAAAUGGGUGAUCCGCAUGUGCCAAUCGGGAAUUCGAGUAAUCCAUCUUCAGCCGGAUCUGGAUCAAACUUGCAUUCGUCAACUGCAGCUCAAGGCCCCUCUUCAACUUCUGGCUCUUCGAAUUUUAAUCCAUCUCCAUCUGCAUCAUUUUCAAUCGGUGUUUGUCCAAACACUUUCGCUAAAUCUGGAGUUCAAGGCCUGAUUAGUUUCCCGACAGGAAGUCACAACGACACUUGGGCUUGUCCUGGUUGGUGCGAAGUUGUAGCUCGUUUCAUUACAAUAACUCUCCUCGACGCUAACGUUCCACCUGGAUUCAGUCAGUCAUUUAGCUGCGGGGAGGUCGGGGAGCCGUCUGGGGUUACUGGAAUUAACCAACAGAUACUUGAUCGUCAUUCCCCUUUGACUAGAGAUAAUGAGUUGCCGGUUUAA